AUGGCGAAGAAGAGUUCAACCAAAAAGUCUGUUAAAAGUUUGUUCUCCAAAAGCGAAGCCAACUUGGGCGAAUCCGUGGAGAAGGAUGUGCAGAAAAGAGAAGGAGAGAAGAAGAAGUUUAAGCUGUUCAAAUUCAAGACAAAGUCGAAGAACGGCUCUGCCUCUGAGAAGUCAGCUAAUGAGAGCCAGCAGGUACUCAGUGCUCUUGAGUCCAGUAACACUGCAGAGGACGGAGAGCCCAGAGCUGUCAACAAUGACCCGGGCAAGAAGCAUUCUUCUGUCUAUGCCACCGCACCGAGGGUAAAGGCCAAAGAGUUAAGCUACUCAGAGAUGGACCUCCGUAAACCUAAAAGGUUUGCUAGCUUUACAUUCGGUCUUAGAAAGAAGAAGAAGAGAGGUGAAGAGAACAUCUCAAAGAGCACCUUUGGGCUUCCUACCCAAGACAUUGAAGAGCAGGAAGAGACUCCUGUGCAGCUGGAUCCGGGGAACACUAAGAAGUUCAGUAUGUCUCAACCAGAGCUUGACAGCAGCAGUAAAUUUGACAUCCCCUCUCCUCCCCCUGUAGCCACAAAUGAGUCAGACUCGUACUUUACUCUCCCUACACAGUCCCAAUCAGUCCCAGUUAGCACUAUAAACACCCAACGUGAACCAAAGGCAGCUCUUAGGAGCGGCUCUGAUCUUUUGGAUGUUCACGGGGAAACAAUGAAAGCUCCAAUUGCUUCCAUUCCUGAGCUGCAACUUGACUAUCCCAAUUCACUGGAGGAGAAAGAGAACAUUCCGGUUCAUAUCUCAACCACAAAUGAUGCCAAAUCAGCAGCUCUGACAGCUCCUUUAAAAACAACUUCUGUUGUUCAUACCCAGGCUGCACUUAGCCUUCCAGCCAGCCAGACACCAAUUGUGCUUGACAGUCCAGCUCACAAAGCGGCGACUGUCAGCUCAGUCUGCACGGGCAGCGAUCCUUAUGAUGAUAUCCCCCAACAGACAUGCCAAAAAAUUGAAUCCACCAGCGUGGCUUUAUCAUAUCCUCAGUCUGAUGCCCCUGUCACAGUUGACAGUACAGUUUCAAAUGGCGAGUGUGUUGACACCAGUAACUACACUGUUACAGGGCCAAGUCCUGAUCCUCAAAAUGACAAGUCGGCUAUCAGUGCAGACUCUGCUGCCAGCCAUCAUGAAGUCUUAAUUUCCCACACCGAGUCCUUUCCUGAAACUGCCAAGAUUGUCACCACAACCUCAGCUGUUAGCAGCGAAAGCGGCACUGAUCCUGUCAGUCAAGAUAACGUCUAUGGAGUUCUGUAUGAGUCACUUUUCCCCCAGAAUUUUGCCUCUGAGGUAGUAUCGUCGCUCCUAAGCCCUUCACAUCAUCUUCGCACUGAUAAAAGAAUUCCGGACACCAAAACAGAAUCUGUCACAGUCAAAACCCAAUAUGAACGCCACGCAGAAACAAACACUCUGUACUCCAGAAUGUCGACUUCCUGUGAGUUUGACUCGACUGCUGGCGAAAUCAGUGAUACUGUUGACAGUUUGGCUUCCAUCAGUGAAAGAAAGGGCCACUCUUCUACUGAGAGCUCCAGACUUUCCUUUUAUGCUUCUCAGAUUCAAGCAAUCCCAGAAAACCACCAUAGAUAUCAGCCUACCUCUGUCAGCGCAACGUCAAAGUAUCCUGCCAGCGAUAGCAUUCCUUACUCAGAGCUGACCCGCUCCCAUUCAGAGCUGACAUCAAACAGUAAAAGCCUUGUUACUGACAUUGUCUGGUCAGUCCCUGUGUGUAAGAACUCUGCCCCUCCCAUAUCCGACUAUGAAACAUCCCGUGGGACAGAUGCUCAGGUUACUGAUUCCAAACGGAGAGUGAUCCUAGUCAAAGAGUUAGUCACCGACGAAGCAAACACUUAUCCAGGCUGUAGCUCUUCAGUGCCUGGUAGAAUGAAUGCGGAGAAGGCUCCUAAGAUAAAAAUUGGAACGACAGACGAGUUUUCUGCCCCUUCUGGACAGAUGGCUGGAAAUGACGGGUUUUUAAGUCCUGCAUAUCUAAGUGUUGGAUCGGAUGAUGACAGUACAAAGGAGAUUUACUACAGUGCUGAAGAGGACAAUGCGGACGAGAGUGGGGAGGAUGAGAUGUUCACGAUGGAUGAAAGAGAAGAAUCCAUUGAGGGGCUACGUGAGGAACUUUCACAACACACAGAGGCAACGGAUGGAGGGAUCAGCUGGAGAGAUGAAGGCAAUUUGAGGGCCGUGAUUGUAAAAAUGGAGUAUGCGGGAGAUAAAAUAGACAGUGAAGGAAAGGCAGGGAAUUAUAACAGCCAAAAUGAAGUACAGCAACAACUAGAAGAACAGAAAUCAAACAGUCAAGUGCAUAAAAUAGGAAAAUCUGAGAGUCCAGUGAAAGAAGAAGCAACCGCAGUACACCCACAAAUAAAUGAAGAGGUGGAGGAGGGUAGAAAGGAGGAGUUGCUGGCUACACCGGUUCAGCAGGCGAAUACAAUGAUGGUAUGCGAUUUUGCCCCACCCUCCAGUGAGCUGCAUGGGCAGGUGGAGGGGUCGAGAGGAAACUGGACCGUAGACUUGGAAACAAAGGACCAGUCUAAUGGAGAGAGCCCGUUUUCAAGCCAGGAGGAGGGAACUCUGGUUAACAAAGAUUUCCCAAAUUCUGGACAUUUACAUGCCACUUCCAGUUGCCCAAAGGAGGAGGAUGUGAAUGCCCCCAGAACAAGAGAGACAGAAGAGCAAGUUUCACUGAUCGUGGAUGCAGACAAGGCAGAUGAAGGGAGCAAAGAAAGUAGCAAGAUCAUCACAAAAGGUACAUUAACAGAUACUGCAGGUGCAGCAGAGGUUGUCAUGGGCAAUCUGACGCACAGUGCUCAGCUGCAAUCAGAUUCCACAGAGAUUGAACACAAUAGGGUUCCACUGAGUACUGAGUGGGCGGAUACUAUUACUCAGAGCCCUGACAGAAACAUUACAACGCCAGAACAGGUGGCAGUCGAACUGUCGGCAUCGAACGCAGAAGCACAGCAUCCUGAUAGCGGCGUUGCAGAGGCUCUCUCGGAGAGCUGUGAGCAUCCAAAGGAAGUCCAGCUUGACCUGAAUGAGGGGUCCUUGACAGCUUCAAGGACCACCACAGCAAGUUCAGAAAUUGACCAGACAAAAGACGACCAAGAAUCAGCUGGCAAAAUGAAUUCAGGCUUCAGCAGCCUGAGCACCAAACUGUUCAUUAAGACCUCGUCUCUCCACAAAGAGGAUGAAUCCAAACGUUUUCAUAAAGUUUCUCUCAUUAAUGAGGUUAAUGCCACUGACAGCCAAGAUACAGUGGACUUUUACAAAACAAGCACCACUGUGACCAAGUCAAAUGGAACGGAUCUUGACUCGGAGUAUAAAUGGAAAAACAGAUUUGAGGGGGUAACUCAGUAUAAACAUAGUAAAACAGAGACUGACUCCCUAAGUUACAAAAUAUCUGACACCUCCUCCUCAUCUUCCUUCUCCUCCUCCGCUCUUCCUGAGACUACAGCAUACACACACUUCAGCGACUCCUUCUCUUCCUCCUCCCUCCGCUCUUCAGAGGAGCCGAUUGCCCUUGGCAACAAGCUGAGCGACAGGACUGAAUUUUAUCUGAGCCGUGAAAGCAAACCGGCGGGAGAACCAAAAGAUGAGUGGAGGAGGAGCUUAGUGGAGCAGGAGGAGCCUGCUGCAGCUGCAGGUGAAACACAGGGACGGAGAGAGGGAGAGUCAGAGAGUAUAAACUCAGCCUGGGACUCGCAGCAGCUCCCACCGUCUGGCUUUUCCUCAACACACAAAACCAGCUACGACACCACCGACAGUUUUGGAGAAGAGGACGACGAGGUAUCCCAAUUUACUGGGGUGUUCACAGCCACACUCGUGGAGGCAGUCUCUGACCACACAGGUCCCCCUUCCACUCCCCCUACCUCCCCAGACGAAGACUCCCCCAGCCAGUUUGACAUGGAUACUCUGGUGGAUACCUUAAAGAGCAUGGGACCUUCUCUGAGGCAGAGGAGCAUGAGUCUACGCAACACUGCUCCAGUCCUCCUCUCCUCCCUGCCACCCAUUGUGGAGGAUGCUCCAAGCCCUAUCCCCUCUGACGUGCCCGACUCCAUAGGCAGUCUCAAAACAAACCCGGAAGGAACAGUCGGUCCAACUGAGUCCCUCAAUGGAUCCUGCACUCUGCCUGCUGAUCUGGGACUGAAGAGGACUUCCCAAAGAGACAAUCGUUCUCCUCUGGAGCUGAUUAGGCAAAAUCAGGACCAGCAGCCUGGGACAAGAGGUCUGAGCUUGCCCCUGAGAGCAUCAACUCUUAACAGUAUUACGGUCAGAAAAUCCUCCGACUCUUCUCCUGAGGAUUUAAAAUCUCCAGAGCUUAAUGGAAAUGAAGUACCUCCAUCUCCCAUCAAAACCUCUCGCCUUGAUCACAGUGUCCUCUUCGGUAACUACAAGCAGUCAUCCACAGAUCAGACGCAGGAAAAUGGAAGGGCCCAUCGGCCAGUCUUCCGUACCACCUCGCUACCAGAAACAUUGUCUUCAAAAGAUCACAUGACUGCAGGGUCGAAGGAGCCAGGAGACCUCGGUGCUCGUACAGAAUCAGCUGGAUCCCGCUUUGAGCGCAUCUCCUUUCUUAUGAAUUCCUCAUCCUCCUCAUCAGGAUCUCUGACCAGAGCCGAAGACCGUAAGACUCGAUUGAGUCAGCCUCCCUCGCUGAGCAUCGGCUCCCCACCCGCCAGCCUCAGCCCCACCCGGCUCCUCAGCCCCACUGGCUCCAUAGACCUCCACAGGCCAUUCACCAACACAGACUCUCCUUUAUCAAUGUUUAGCCAGACACCUCAGAUGGGAGUGGGUGUAGGUAGUGGGACAGUGGGCACUCCCAUCCUGCAGAGGAGCCUGAGUAGCGACUCUGCCGUGGGGGUCCAGAAUUCAUUGUUCAGCAAUGUGCAUGGAAAGCCUCAGUUCCAGAGCCAAGCGACUGAGCCUGACAGGAAUCUAGUUUCUAAAUACAGAGCCUUCCCUGACGCCUAUCUUACUAAAGAGAAGGAACACGGAAAGCUUAAUCCACGUCCUGGAAAGAUGUACAUUUUUGACCGACCGGGUAUGUGCGGCCAGAGGAUUGAGGUACGCGGCGAUGUCAUUGAUGCUACACCCUGGGAGCUGCAAGAAACCAUCUCCAUCAGGGUCAUCAGAGGAGGGUGGGUGCUUUAUGAGAAACCCAACUUCAAGGGGGAGAAGAUUGCUCUGGAUGAGGGUGACAUAGAGAUUACCUACCCCUUUGGUCCUGCAGAAGAACAGCAGGAGACUGGACCGAAUAAGGGAGAAGAGCAGAAUGGAGAAACUAAUGAUCAGCAAAAGGAAACCAAGCCAGCCAGGAGGUUCAUCAUCGGGUCCAUACGAAGAGCAGUGAGGGACUACAGCGUUCCAGAAAUCUGCCUUUUCCCUGAAGAGAACGCAGAGGGAAAGAAAGUCAUCUUCCGAGACACUUCUGAGGAUGCCAGGAUUUUUGGUUUCCCCAUCAAGGCGAAUUCCGUCAUUAUUAAUGCGGGGCUAUGGCUCGUGUUCGCACAGCCCUUUUUCCAGGGUGUACCACGAGUCCUGGAGGUGGGGGGGUACCCUAACCCAGCAGCCUGGGGGGUGGAGCAGCCCUACGUGGGGUCAUUACAUCCACUCAAAAUAGGUGAACCAAAGGUGGAACAUCUGAACGAGCCAAAGAUGGUGAUCUAUGAGAAGCCCUACUUCACUGGCAAAUCGAGGACUAUAAGCACCAACGUGAGAGACUUUAUGACCAGAACAGAGCGACAACAAACAACCUUUUUGUAUAACGUCGGCUCUCUUAAAGUACUGGGAGGAAUCUGGGUGGGCUAUGAGAAGGAGGGUUUCCGAGGACACCAGUACCUGCUGGAGGAGGGAGAGUACCAUGACUGGAGGGUGUGGGGAGGCUGUGAUGCAGAGCUGCGCUCUGUUAGGGUGAUUCGAGCAGACUUGACGGACCCUGCCAUGGUGAUGUUUGAACAGCCAGAGGAAGACCAGGAGGGCAUGCAGGAGGAGAACACCUUCGAGGUGACGGAGGCCAUUCCUGAUGUUGAGCUGUUUGGCUACAAAACCUCCACGCGCUCAAUCCAUGUAAUCAGCGGGGCAUGGAUAGCUUACUCUCAUGUGGACUUUUCUGGUCACCAGUACAUCCUAGAGAAAGGCUUCUACAAUAACUGUGCUGACUGGGGCUCUCAAGACACCCGUGUCUGCUCAGUUCAGCCCAUCUUACUGGCUCCAGGUGACAGCUCAAGGUCCAGGGAUGAGAUAAUAUUGUACUCUGAGCCAGACUUCCAGGGAGAGUGUUACAUCUUUGAAUGCAACCAGGACACACUGCCAGAAAAAUUACUUGCCAAGUCAUGCAGAGUGGCAGGAGGAAGCUGGGUCCUCUAUGACGACAAACAGUUCUCUGGGAAUUUGUAUGUCUUAUCUGAAGGAGACUACCCCAAUUUAAUCAGCAUGGGCUGCCCCCCCGACUGCUCCAUUCGUUCUGUGAAGAUCGUCCCCUUGAUGUUCUCAGUCCCCUCCAUCUCUUUGUUUGGGCUUGAGUGUCUGGAGGGCAGGGAGAUCACCACAGACAUGGAGAUCGUGAGUAUGGUCGAAGAGGGCUUCAACAACCACAUCCUGUCGCUCCGAGUCAACAGCGGCUGUUGGGUGAUAUGUGAACACAGCAACUAUAGGGGGCGCCAGUUCCUACUGGAGCCAAUUGAAAUCACCAACUGGCCGAAGUUCAGCUCACUGCAUACUCUUGGCUCAAUGUACCCAGUCAGACAGAAGCGCCACUUUUUCCGUAUCAAGAACACAGAGAGAGGUCACUUCCUGUCCGUCCAGGGUGGUGUGGAGGAAAUGAAAUCAGGACGGGUGGUGGUGACGCCCGAUGUGGAGCCACUGAGUGACAUCUGGUUCUACCAGGAUGGACUAAUUAAAAACAAGUUGUCUCCAACCAUGUGCCUUCAGGUGGUUGGCAACAUAGAGCCAGCAUCAAAGGUGGUUCUGUGGACAGACACCCGGCAGCCCGCUCAAACCUGGACAGCCCAAAUGAAAGGCCUCAUCACUAGCCUUACUUUCCCUGGCAUGGUGCUGGAUGUUAAAGGUGGCAAAACUUAUGACAAGGACCAUGUCGUGAUUAUGCCAGAGAAUGAUGAGAGGCCAAGCCAGCAGUGGGAGUUAGAGUUGCUGUAGCAGUCUACUGUAUAUGAACAGAGCUUACCUUUGCAACUGUGUAAUGUUGUCUUAAUAUUUCAGUAACCACUGUUGUGUCUGCUUCAUGAUAUAAUGCAUCUCAGGACGUGUAGUUUCUUCUGAGCACUAGUUUGAAAUCGGUAUCCAACAGCAAGAAUGCAUGGAAGCACUGCGUGCCCUGUAAAAGCUGCCCAAGUUGUUUUCAAGGUUUUGUUCAUUUGUAUUCACAGUAUGAAAUUAUGUAUAGAUAUGUUGUUUUGUUUUUUUUCUCAUCAGUCAGAUUUUUAAAAAGUGUACACAAAGAAGGGUUUAAUGAGUGCCUUGUUGUUUUGCUAUGACUUGGAUCAUAUCAUGAGUUGAAAAGGAAGAUUUACUGUAUUUAAGGAUGUACUUUAUAUGAACCCAGCAGGGAGACACUCUCGCUUGUAAAACCAAGUGUAUGGUUCACUCUUCUCUAUGACUUUAUUUGACCUUCAAUCUGAUCAUUUGUCAGCGAUUUGAGUAUUCAGCCUGGGAUUUCCAUGUUUCUAUGAAUCUGAGGUUGUACGAGCUUUUUGUUUUAUAAAUUUGUUUACUAUAAAAUAAAUUGCUUGAAAUUCAAAUUGCUCUGCAGCAUUAGAGUUCCUAGAAUGAACACAAAGCGGCUCCCUGUGAUUUAUAAUGAAGCUGGAGGAAUGAAGCCAAAAGGAUGUGUAGUAGUCAAGAAAUGUGUGUUAUACUUUUAAGUAUUUUUUUUGUAUAUUACUAUAAGUGUUGUGGGAGAAGUUGCACUUAUGUAUGCAGCAUUUGAGAUUGCGUGGUGCAGUGCAAUGAACUGGGUCGUAUGUCCAGUUUCUGUCAAGUUACUUCAUUUCUUGACAUAUUUCCAUGUCUUAGUGUUUAUGCGUUUACUUGCUUCAGCUGUAUGUUAAUAUUUGAUACUAAAGAUGUAAUUUUAUGUUUAUGUA